UGAUGCGAAACAUAGGUAUAACCGUCACGCGUGAGAGCUAUCGAAUAGGAAAGCAAUUGUAAUUAAUUUUAAUAAUGGAUAUAAUAAUUGAUACGAGAGGCGAUGAAAAUUUGGCGACAAAAGAUCAUUUAGACAGUGACGAAGAUGAUAUAAAUUUCGAAGAUAAUGAUACAGAGACACCAAAUUUCUUUGAUAUAGAGGUAGAUCUACUUGAAAAUGAAAUUUCAACAAAAAAAACAAUCCAUAAUGUGUCUAAAGAUAUCGAUCUCGAAGAAUUUGAAAAAGAAAUGGGUUGGUCAAGUGGAAGAUGGAUAAAAAAUAUAGCCGCUCCAGAUUUAAAUCCUUUAAAACAAAAAUUGACUGCAGUAGAUAAGAUACUUAAAAAAAGUGUUAUAACACCUGGAUUUGAACAAUUACAAGCUGUUCCUCCUUAUGAAGUGAAGAAGAAACUACUGCAAGAGCAGAGACGUAAGGAACGUGCUAAAACUAAAGGCAAGAAUUGGUUCAAUAUGGGUGCUCCUGAGUUAACACCAGAAGUUAAACAUGAUCUUCAAGUUAUAAGAAUGAGAUCAGUAUUAGAUCCAAAACAUUUCUAUAAAAAGAAUGAUCUUAAGGCACUACCAAAAUACUUUCAAAUUGGUAAAGUUAUUGAUUCACCUUUGGAUUAUUAUUCUGGACGUCUUACAAACAAAGAACGUAAGAGAACAAUUGUAGAUGAACUUAUGGCUGAUGCUCAGUUUUCUAAAUACAAUAAACGUAAAUAUAAGGAAAUUAUUGAGGAAAAGAAAAAAUUGCAUCAUAAAGCCCAUAGACAUGCAAAAAAACUUAAAAGGGGAAAGAAAAAAUGA